AUGAAUUUUAUAGCUAUAAUCAGUGCCAUUCUUCUGGCAAUUGAUUUGUGUUCAUCUGAUUCUGUGGAAGAAAAUGUUGAAAAACAAUACAAAGGUUACAAAGUAUUGCGAUUGUUGCCCAACACUGUGGAUCAGUUACACUACUUGUCCGACCUCUCCACAGACAUUCAGCUCUUAAUACCAAAUAAAAAGCUUGAUUUUUGGACACAACCAAAAGACCUUAACUCCAGCGUCGAUGUCAUGGUUUCGCCGGACUUUUAUAAAAACAUUCGCGAAAAGCUUUCGCAACAAAAUAUCAAAAAUAAAGUUAUCAUUAAAGAUGUCGGAGAAUUGGUAGAACAGGAGAAGAAGACAAUCGAUGACCAACUCUUGUAUAGAACCAAAUCCUGGGUUCAAAACUCGAGUGCAUUUUUCGAGGCCUACCAUUCAAUCGCUGAGAUUUAUCAAUAUUUAGAUGACUUGCAUAGUAUUAAUACUAAUAUAAGUGCUGUUGAGGUGAUCGGCACCACAACAGAGGGUCGACCACUAAAACUCUUCAAAAUAGGCACCAAAAGUAAUAGCACUCAAAAACCCAUUAUAUGGAUAGACGCAGGGAUUCACGCGAGAGAAUGGAUAGCGCCGUCCACUGCUCUUUUCAUUGCAAAUAAGUUAAUCACAUCAACCGAUAUCGAAGUAAAAAAUUUGCUAAAUGUGUACGACUUCUACAUAAUGCCGAGCGCUAAUCCCGAUGGAUAUGAAUACUCGCGAACAUCGGACAGAAUGUGGAGAAAAACCCGAUCUAAUAAUCCGUCGUUUUGGGGAAACUAUGGCUUUCAUUGGGGAAGCGCUGGAAGUAGUUCUUACCCGUGUUCGGAGACAUAUCACGGAAAGGCCCCCUUUUCUGAACCCGAAACUAAAGCCAUAUCUGACUACAUAUUAUCAAAGAAGGAUAACAUUAAAAUGUAUAUCGCAAUGCAUUCAUAUUCCCAAUUCAUACUAACGCCAUGGGGUUGGACAUCAGAGUUACCAAAACAAUACAACGAUUUACUAUCGAUGGGACAAAAAGCGGCGCAAACUUUGCAGCAAAAAUACGGCACUCAUUAUAAAGUGGGAUCGAGUACUAGGAUUCUGUACGCGGCCGCCGGUGGGGCUGACGACUGGGCUCACGGCGUGGCCGGCAUUAAAUAUAGCUAUACUUUCGAGUUGAGAGAUACAGGUGUUUAUGGUUUCGUACUUCCGGUCAGAUUUAUUGUGCCGACGGGUGAGGAAACGUUUGAUGGCAUCAAAACCAUGUGCACAGAAAUCAGAGACGAAUACAAACUAAAAGCCGUCAAUACAUAAGAAGCAAAUGUAUGAAAUAAAAUUAUAAAAUAAUUGGCAAACUUUUCUUCAAUUAUACUUUUAUUUACAAAUACAAUAUAUAUUUAUAAUAAACACAUUAAAAAUCAUUUAUUCAUUUAUAAAAACAAUAAAUUUAGAAAUUUAUUAAAACCUA